GAUGAAAAAUCACCCCAUGGCCGUGGAUCUCGGGCACACAGAAGCUUUUUCGGUUCUGUGGAUUUCAUUUUCUCUCCGCGUGCCCCUCCUUGCCCCCUUAGCGCAUAUACGUGACGUAGGACUGGGUUUUCCCUGGCUCUUCUAAUUCGACCUGAUCCCCCCCGUCCCCUCGGACCGGAUCGUCUUCCUCUGUCUUGGCAGCUUAAUAACGAGGAAGGGUCGGAAUCCGCCACGGCCGGCGGGGAGGACGCUUCCCUCGAGACUCCUGCCGCCAAGAAGAUGAAGAUAGACCCCAAAGAGAAGAAAGAGAAAAAGCACAAAGUCGAUGAGGAUGAGAUUCAGAAAAUGCAGAUCCUCGUUUCCUCCUUCUCCGAGGAGCAGCUAAACCGCUAUGAAAUGUACCGUCGCUCCGCGUUCCCCAAAGCAGCCAUUAAGCGGUUAAUCCAGUCCAUCACCGGGACGUCCGUCUCUCAGAACGUCGUCAUUGCCAUGUCGGGCAUUUCCAAAGUCUUUGUCGGGGAGGUGGUAGAGGAAGCCCUGGAUGUCUGUGAGAAAUGGGGAGAACUGCCUCCCCUCCAGCCCAAACACAUGCGGGAGGCUGUGCGGAGGCUCAAGUCCCAGGGGCAGAUCCCCAACUCCAAACACAAAAAGAUCAUCUUCCAUUAAGCAGACGGCCCAAGGGGACGGACGACAGGCGGACACCGGUGGAGGCGGGAGAGGGUGGGAUUUCCUCGGACAGCGGCCCGUCACGGCCCUCCCGGGCUCCCGUUGUCCUAGAAUCCGAGCCGGCCCUAGGAGAGGGCAGCCCGUUUCGGACCAGCCGGCCGGCCGAGAGCCACCACCCCGGGUUGCCACUGCGGCCGGACCAAGCUCUGGCAACCUCGGAAACGGAGGCCUCUCUUUCUCGUGGAAAAAGGACUCCCCCGUGGGGCUGUACCUCGUUCGAUCUCGUGCCCGCGGGGGACCGAGGCCGGGACCUCGCGUUUCCGAUCCCCCCAGGCAAUGGGCCCAGGAACACCUCAAUGUAUGACGUCGGGUAAAUGCAUUGUGAAAUGGCUUCACUGAAGGCGCAAGUAGAGUGAAAAACUAUUUUAGUGAAAACCAAGGGUUUUCAGUGUUUGCCCUUCCUGUUCCUAAUGCCUAUUAAAGUGUUCUCCGACUUGUUCGCGCCGUA